AUGGACUGUCCCACCGACAAGGCCAGAUGUGUCGAUGAUAUGAAUCAAUCUUCCAUUCCAGCCACGCCGGAUGGACCUGCGGACCAGCAUCACUUCCAUUGCUCGAAUGGAUACACCAUCAAGUGGUAUCUGCCCUGGCGUCCCAGAAUAGCAACAUGUCAAGUUUUGAAGUCCACCGGUGUUGAACCGGAGAGGGGUGUCAAGGUGAGCGGGGAUAAAUUCAUGAAAUGA